UAACACAGAAUAGAUAUUAAUAUAAUAAUAUUAGUAUUUAUCUUAAGUUUAUUGUUGGGUACACUUCAAAAAAUAUAAGUGCACGUUUUUUGUUUUGACUAUUCUAGUUUUCUAGUUUUGACAGUUUCUACUUAAUACCUACCUUCUUAGUUCUCAAAAAUCAAAAUACCCUGGCAGGCAGUCAUUAAUGUCUGAAAUUCAAGUCAAGAUAAACUUAUGAUUUUGGUUCAUUAAUAUUAUCUCAAGUUUCAACAACUCUAGUCAAAUGUACACAGACCGUUGUUUGUAAGAAAUAAUUUGAACGUAAGUUAAAAUGAGUAUGCGGUACAUAACGUUCAAUAAGAACGUAAAUGUAAGAAGUGUAUGGAAUGUAAUUAUGUUAAAAUAUAAUAUUCUUCAACAUAUAAAAUAUACAAAAUGUAUAAACCCAAAGCGGAUCAAGUUUAAUAAUAAGACUUAUCAAUCAAAACUAUUGGUUAAUAAUGUAACUAAGAAUAAUGAAAGGGGUCAAUCCUGGAAAUGGUUGUUGGCGAUUUCGUCUGUUUACGCUGGGUACAAUAACCAAGACAUAUUUGAGCUAAUAGAUAAUGGAAAAGUCCUAGAUUUAGUUAGGUACCUUAAGGAUAAUCCUAAAGAAGUCAACAAUCGUCAUAAGUAUGGUUGGGCUCCGUUGCAUGUCGCUGCUGUAAAAGAUAAAUAUCGCCACUUAGAAACUUUACUAAAAUGUGGUGCUGAUCCAGACAUUGGUGAUGGAUUUUCAAACGUUUUCAAUGUAUCACGUAAAUUUAAUGAACAUAGUACAAAAGUUAGUGCUGCGAGGCAAGAUGAUUUUCCAUCAUUUUUCAAUCCCAAAGCCACGGUUCAAGGUUUUACUGCUCUUCAUUAUGCUGCAUUGUUGAACAACGUAGAAUCAUUAAGGGUACUAAUGAAAUAUGGAGCAGAUCCUUUCUUAAAAUCAGUAACUGGUCAUACACCAAUAAAUUUAACAACGGAUGUCGAAGUUUAUCGGAUGUUACAAGAAUAUGAAAUAAACUUCGAAAACAUUAGAAAACAACGUGAAACCGAAGAACGUAAAAAUUUCCCCUUAGAGUUACGUUUGAAACAAAAAAUUGUUGGUCAAGAAAGUGCGAUCAAAUCUGUAGCUGCGGCGAUACGGAGAAAAGAGAAUGGAUGGAUGGACGAAGAACAUCCGUUGGUGUUUCUGUUUCUUGGAUCAUCGGGCAUUGGUAAAACAGAAUUAGCUAAACAAAUAGCCAAUUACUUGCACAAAAACAACAAAGAUGGUUUUAUCAGACUUGACAUGUCCGAAUAUCAAGAAAAACACGAGGUUUCCAAAAUGAUCGGCUCUCCUCCGGGCUAUAUUGGUCAUGACGAAGGUGGUCUGUUGGUAAAACAACUAAGGAAAAAUCCAAAUGCCGUUGUAUUAUUUGAUGAAGUCGAUAAAGCCCAUCGUGAUGUGUUGACAAUAUUGCUACAGCUAUUUGAUGAAGGGCGCUUAACAGAUGGUAAAGGAAAAACAAUUGAAUGUAAAUCUGCUAUAUUUGUCAUGACUUCCAAUUUAGCCAGCAAUACAAUUGCAGAACAUGCUUUAGAAUUACGUAAAGAACAAAGAGAAAAUGAUCGUCUGUAUAAUAAUAUAGUUGAAAAUAAAAAUGAUCGUGAAAUGUUUAUAUCGAGAAAAUUCAAAGACGAAAUAGUAAAACCAAUUUUAAAAAGACAUUUCCAGCGUGAUGAAUUUUUAGGACGUAUCAAUGAAAUUGUUUACUUUUUACCAUUUUCGGAAAUGGAAUUAAAAGUUAUUGUACAAAGAGAAUUGAUACAGUGGCAAGAAAGGGCAAUGAAGAAACAUAAAGUAAAGAUUGAAUGGGAAACUGCUGUGGAACAUGUGUUAAUGUCUAGCUAUGAUAUAAGUUAUGGAGCUAGAUCUAUUAAACACGAAGUGGAAAGAUCCGUUGUAUCCUUAUUGGCUCUAGCCCAUGAGAAAGGAGUUAUUAAAGAAAACGCUGUAGUAAAACUUGCCGCAGACUUGACCAAAGGGGAUAAUGGGAUGAUUUACCUUUUAGUCUUACACAAAAACAAAUUUGUUCCUCUAGACGAAGUCAUGAAAAAUUGAUCUUUAAUUGUGAUAAUUUUAUUUUGUAAAAUUUGAAUAUGUUUUUUGUUCGUUCAGUUCUUACAAUAUAUAUAUCAAUAUGCAUUUA